ACAAACGGACGACAUCAAGGCGUCUGGUUUCGUAUCAACGGAGGACCACCGGCCUGUCCUCUGUGAUGGUCAUGCCAGGGUCCUGGGCAGCCCAUGCCUGAGUCCGGCCCUAGGGACGCCCCGACCCUAAAACCUUGCGAACGGUCAGCAGGACACGGCUGUGUUUCCUUGACAAAAACCACAAAGAAAGGUUUAGAAACCAAACAGAACUUAAUAGAAGAGUUGCGGAAAUGUGUGGAUACCUACAGAUACCUCUUUAUUUUCUCUGUUUUCAACAUGAGAAACAACAAGCUAAAAGACAUCAGAACUGCCUGGAAACACAGCAGGAUAUUUUUUGGAAAAAAUAAAGUCAUGAUGGUGGCCCUGGGCCGAGGUCCAGCUGAUGAGUACAAGGAGAACUUGCACAAGAUCAGCAAACAUCUGCGAGGUGAAGUUGGUCUCCUUUUUACCAAUCGUACCACAAACGAAGUGAAUGAAUGGUUCUCAGAGUUCAAAGAGAUGGACUUUGCCCGUGCAGGUAACAAAGCACCAUACACGGUGAGUCUGGACACGGGGCCCCUGGAGCAAUUUCCCCACUCCAUGGAGCCUCAGUUACGACAGCUGGGACUGCCAACUGCUUUGAAGAAAGGAGUGGUGACACUGCUUUCAGAUUAUGAAGUCUGUAAGGAGGGGGAUGUCCUGACUCCUGAACAGGCUCGUCUGUUGAAACUGUUUGGCUAUGAGAUGUCAGAGUUUAAAGUGACCAUCAAAUGCAUGUGGAACUCUGAGACAGGAGACUUCCAGCAGCUGGUCAAAGACACAGAAGAACCAAAGGAAAUGGAGGAAGAGGAGGAGGAUGAUGACAGUGACUAGCAGCAAGGCUACUGAAGGACACUAGAGACAGUGUUGUUCUGUUUUAGGGACGAUCAGUAGAAGCCUAUGUUUCCCUCCCAGUUGGAGCAGGAUGAAAUUGAAUAUCUCGGACUUGUUAUCUAUCACCGAAGAUGUAAUUAAAUUGUAUAUAAAAAAUUACAGUUUGGACACUUUCAGUGCAGCUCAUCACUGCUUGGAUGGGAAACCCUGAGGCUGAGAGAGAGACCUUACAGAAUCUGAGAACAGGGUAAAGAUCAUGUGGAAAAUGAAACCCUUCCCUAUAAAUCUAUUUUUCAGACUCAGUGAGCAUGUGCACAAAUCUACAUUGCUACAAUUUUUCCUCCUCGGAGAACUGCUUAGAACUUGUUGCUAUGCAGUAGAGAUGCAACUUCUCUCUAGAGUUACCCCGUAAGUCUAUCAGUUUUAAUGGGGGAAGAUGCCAAACAGCUGUCACCACUAUAGUUUCUCCCUGCUCCAUCUCUCAGGCUGUUUUAAUUACACUUUCUCAAAUGACUUGGUUUCCUUAUUUUAGAGAGAAGGAAAAUUAUUUAAAACUGUAGGCAGUGGAAUAAAUGUUACUACUGAGGCAGAAGGGGAGGACAUCAUUUUGAUGAUACUAUCACCUGACUUAUUAUAAUUAAUGCAUUUCACACAUUAAGGGAACCUGGGCAUAACUCCAGCCUUUACUGGUGGCAUGCUGACAAUUCAAAAUGCCCCUCUAGGAAGGAUAAAGUUAGUAUUUCCCUCUUAAGCCAGGACCUCGGCCUAAUGCCCAAAUAGGCACCUUCCCAGUAGAAUUGGGAGAAGACAAUGUUAUACAGCCAUUAGUUACUGAACAAAUGUAAUGGUUCCUGUGCUUGAGUCUCCCGACAACAAAACAAAGAUUGUUCCUUCAGUUAUGCUCUUAAACAUGUUUUAAGAAGCCUGUAGCUGAGGCAGCAAGUAUGUCAGCUAAACCCAGCUUCAAGAGGCCUAGUUAAUUGUUUAAAGGUCAGCCCUGAUCGUUGAGAGGCUUGC